AUGUUAAGGGCUGUUUCUAGUAUUUAUGUUGAGAGUCAGGCACUCGCGAUAGUCCGACGUGAUGUUUUCAAAUUAUUUCGCACUACGGCCUAUGCUGGCAUAUCAUCAAACCAGCGUCCAAGGAAACUAAAACAGUAUAGGACGACAGUUUUGGCUGAGGCAACAUCACGCCAGAGCCAAUUGAAUGAUUCAAAAGAAGAGCCAGUCAAUUCUCCCCCUCCCCCGCCACCGCCCCCGCCCGGCCCGUCGACGGCGCGAAGAGGAUGGCUUGCCGCCACUGCUGUCGCCCUCACUGCCUCAGUUGGAGGGGUAUACUUUUUAAAAAAAUUGAACAACAAUUCAGAGGAACCGAUUCCACUAAAAGAAGGUGGCAAAGCGGAGAUCAUUGGCGAAGUAGAAGGCCCACCGAUCCCGAGCAGCGCGGAGGCCCUGCCUGAGCAGGUAGACUACCUGGUGGUGGGGGCUGGUACCGCGGCGUUCGCAGCGCUGCGUACCCUUCGUAGCGUGAGGCCGGAGGCUAGCGUUCUGCUGGUGGGCGACGAGAGGGCCCUGCCCUACAUGCGUCCACCCCUCAGCAAGGAGUUGUGGCGGGAGCCCGACCUCGCCAGGCGGGCUGCUGACCCGGACACAUUGAUCUUCCAGCAGUGGAAUGGCAAAAAGCGAAGAUUGGCCUACGAGCCCAGCGCGUUCUACACGCCCACGGAGAAGCUGCGCGAGGGCGCCGUGGGGGCGGGCGUGGCGCGCGGCUGGAGCGUCUCUGCCCUAGACCUGGAGCGGCGCGAGGCUACGCUGGAGGCGCCAGGCACCAGCGCCAAGGUCACCUACAAGAAGUGCCUCAUCGCCACUGGGGCGCGCGCCAAGCAGUGCGCCGCGCUGCGGUCAGCGCGCGCGGCGGGGCGGGCGCUGAGCGUGCGCAGCGCGCGCGACGUGGCGCGCCUGGCGGCGCUGCUGCAGAGCGCGCCGGCCGGGCCGCUGGCGCUGCUCGGCGGCGGCGCACACGCCUGCGAGCUGGCCGUCUCGCUCGCGCACGCGCUGCGCGACAGCGGGCGGGAGGUGGUGCAGGUGUUCAAGGAGUCGACGCCGCUGGCCGAGCAGCUGCCGCAGUACCUGGGCGCUGACCUGGCGCGCCGCAUGGCGGCCUGGGGCGUCAAGCUGCUGCCCGACACCGAGGUGAGCGGCAGCAGCGUGCACGGGCAGCUGGUCCGGCUGGAGCGGGCGGACGGCGCGGCGCCGCUGCACGUGGCGCUGGUGGUGGAGUGCGUGGGCAGCGAGCCCAACGCAGAGCUGGCGGCCGCCGCGGGGCUCGAGGUGCACCCGCAGCUGGGCGGGGUGGUGGUCAACGCGGAGAUGCAGGCGCGGUCGGGCGUGUGGGCGGCGGGCGACGUGGCGUGCUUCCACGAGCCGCUGCUGGGGCGGCGGCGCGAGGCGCGGCACGACCACGCCGUGGCCUCGGCCCGCGUGGCCGCAGCCAACAUGGCCGGGGCCGAGGCGCCGCGCCUCUACACCCACCAGCCCAUGCUCUGGACCGACCUGGGCCCGGACCUCGGCCUCGAGGCUAUAGGCAUAAUAGACUCGCGGCUACCGACGGUGGCUGUGUUUUCGGCGGACGCGGUCACGGAGCCCGUAGCCGCGCACCAAGCGGCCUCUACGCAGGCCGUAGCUGAACAGCAAGUAGCUGCUACGCAACCCGCAGAUGAACUGCAUGCUGUGGCUACGCCGGCAGCGAGCGCUACGCAGACCGUAGCCACUCCGGCCGUAGAGGCCGGGGCGGAUCCUUCGUCGCGUAGCUACGAGCGCGGCGUGGUGUUCUACCUCCGCGAGAAGCGCGUGGUGGGCGUGCUGCUGUGGAACCUCUUCAGCCGCAUGCACGUGGCGCGCCAGGUGUUGAAGCAGGGCGAGUUCGAGGACCUUUUCGACGUGGCCAAGUUGUUCACACCGCACGAGGAC